AGAAAGAGGCCCAAGAAGUUCGACUACAAGCGGGUUGAUCAGGUCUGGAACAAUGCCUUGCACAACUUCCAACUUCAAGAGACGGCAGAGCCUGCGAGCCAGACCAAGUACGAGGGCUACUGCUUCCACGUCCGUCGGACAUUCGACUGGGAGGGUAAAUUCAAGGCUACUUACGUUGACAUCAAGAGCAAGAUAUUGCGGCAAUCUCUUCAGGAGGUGAUGGGAGACGUCAAGGGCGUCAGUCUGGUGGAAGAGACCCCAAAGCUGGAUCCCAACCUGUUGUUCCUAUACCUUGAAGACAUGCGCACGCACGCCAAAAGCCUGGGCAGGGAGGCCGAGAGCCCUCCAGGGGCCAACGAGGAGGAACGCCAGAAAGCAUCUGAGAGUCUGCUGGAGCGGCAGAAACACCUGGAGGUUCUGGUCGAGUAUAUUGACAAGGACUUUAAGCAGGUCAAGGAAUCGCUCUACCCCAUGCUCGAACAUGGCUUGAUUACUUUCGACCUGCUCUGGGCCCUCUGGAAGCCCAACACCUUGGCCUACACAACGACCUAUGGUUCGCACGAAGACCCGCGAGUGUUCAGAGUGGACACUGCUGAGAAACAUAGUCACAUGUCCAAGGGCGAAUUCUACUACAUUGAUGGCAAGUAUUUCGAGUACGAUGGCAAGCAAUUUGGAUAUGGCCGUAUGAUUGAAGAGAUCAAUGAGUUCCAUGGGGCCAAAAAGAUCACCAGCCUCAAUUGCUACCCUCUCAGGUUCCACAAGCGUGAGGAGAAGAUCCGCAAUGAACUGAUUGAGCGCGGGAAGAAAUUCGUCUCGCUCAGCGGAGUUCACUACAAGGCCUUCCAGGGCAUGGCCUACUACAAGAAGAAGAAAGCAGUCGUCAAGGUGAACGUGAACGGCAGGGUCAUGGUCGACACUGCCAUUCACCGCCGCAUCAAUCCCAACUACCCGAUCUCUGUUGUCCGACCCAAAGAUCACAGCGGUCUCGGGGACGCCGAUGACUCGGAUGAUGACGGUGAUGGCAGGGGAGGCGAUGAUAACGAUGACACCAGAAUCAAGUACGUCACUAAAUUCAUCAAGGACGACAAGGGCAGGGUAUCGGUGGUCCGGAUGACCAAGGAGGAGGCACAAGACUUCGGCAAGGAGAAGCUGGCCAAGGUGGAGAGUCAACUGGAUGACAACGACGAAACCAUUGUGUUCACCGAUGACGAGUACCUCACGGCCUCUUCGCUCGUGCUGGGCUUCUCUUUUGGAGAGAAGCUGUGGCUGGAGUUUACCGUGUCAGGCAUCAAAGACGUCUCCUGGAAUGUGAAAGCGUAUGAGUCCUUGGUGUUGGAGGCCAGGACCAAGGACACUGUCAAGGCUCUCGUAGAGUCUCACAAAUACCAUGCAGCAGAGUCCAUUGAUGAUGUGAUUCAGGGCAAGGGCAAAGGACUGGUCGCGGUCCUACACGGACCACCCGGCACGGGCAAAACCCUCACGGCGGAAGGCAUCAGCGAGCUGCUUGAGUGCCCACUGUACAUGGUCUCUGCAGGCGAGCUGGGUACAGACUCGCGCAUCCUCGAGACGGAGCUGCAGCGAAUCCUCGAUAUCUGCCACGCCUGGGGCGCCAUCCUACUCCUGGACGAGGCCGACGUCUUCCUGGAGAAGCGCAACAUGCACGAGAUCCACCGCAACGCGCUCGUCAGCAUCUUUCUGCGCCAGCUGGAGUAUUUCCAGGGGAUCCUGUUCCUGACCACCAACAGGGUGGAGACCUUUGACGACGCCUUCCAGUCUCGGAUCCACAUUGCUCUGCGGUACGACCCUCUGGACCUGCGCGCCAAAAAGACCGUCUUCAAGAUGUUUGUGGAUCGGGCCCGGGCGCAGCAGAAGACCAUGCAGGACAAGAUCUGCUUCACGGACGAGGACUACGACAGCCUAGCCCGACAUGACCUCAACGGCCGACAGAUCAAGAAUACGGUCAUCCGUGCCCAGGCUCUGGCGGUCAACAAGGGCGAGCCACUUGCCAUGAAGCAUGUCCGACAGAUUUUGGAUGUACAGGUCAGCUUUGACAGGGACCUCAAGGGCGGCACUGGAUAUCAGGAUGCCAUGAGGAGCUAC